GGGGCGGGGCUGUCUCACAGCCACCGUCUCCCUAGAGGCGGGGAAGGGGCGGGGGCCACACGUGACGUCAUCCAUGGAGCCCUCCCUGGUUGGAGGGAAUUUAGAAGAGACAAGGUGGGAAGGAGGCGGAGUCUAGUUUCCCUGGUGAUGGGUUGCCCGGCGGUCGCCUGGUAACCGGCCGCGGAGGUCUUGGCUGAGCCAGCGCAGGCCGCGGAGGUCUGUGGGCCGGGGCUGACGCUGGGCUCUUUCUGUCUGUUCCGCGAUGGCAGCGGCAGUGGUCACGCCGUCGGGUUUAGAGGAUGGGGUUUCUCGGUCCCGUGGCGAAGGGGCAGGGGAGGCGGUCGUGGAACGGGGCCCCGGCGCGGCCUACCACAUGUUCGUGGUGAUGGAGGACCUGGUGGAGAAGCUGAAGUUGCUCCGCUAUGAGGAGGAUCUCCUCCGGAAAAACAACCUGAAGCCCCCGUCCAGACACUAUUUUGCACUGCCUACCAAUCCUGGGGAACAGUUCUACAUGUUUUUCACUCUUGCUGCUUGGUUGAUUAAUAAAGCAGGACACCCCUUUGAGCAGCCUCAAGAAUAUGAUGACCCUAAUGCAACAAUCUCUAACAUAUUAUCUGAACUUCGAUCAUUCGGGAGAACUGCAGAUUUUGCUCCUUCAAAAUUAAAAUCGGGUUAUGGAGCACAUGUAUGCUAUGUUCUUGACUGUUUAGCCGAAGAAGCAUUAAAAUAUAUUGGUUUCACUUGGAAAAGACCAACAUACCCAGUGGAAGAAUUAGAAGAAGAAACUGUUGCAGAAGAUGAUGCAGAAUUAACAUUAAAUAAAGUGGAUGAAGAAUUUGUGGAAGAGGAGACAGACAAUGAAGAAAACUUUAUUGAUCUCAGCCUUUUGAAGGCCCAGACCUAUCGCUUGGAUAUGAACGAGUCUGCCAAACAAGAAGAUAUUUUGGAAUCCACAACAGAUGCUGCGGAAUGGAAUCUAGAAGUGGAACGUGUACUACCACAACUGAAAGUCACGAUCAGGACUGACAAUAAGGAUUGGAGAAUCCAUGUUGACCAAAUGCACCAGCACAAAAGUGGAAUUGAAUCUGCUCUAAAGGAGACCAAGGGACUUUUGGACAAACUUCAUAGUGAAAUUAGCAGGACUCUGGAGAAGAUUGGCAGCCGGGAAAAGUACAUCAACAAUCAGCUUGAGCACUUGGUUCAGGAAUAUCGUGCAGCUCAAGCCCAGCUGAGUGAGGCAAGGGAGCGUUACCAGCAGGGAAACGGUGGAGUAACUGAAAGGACCAGACUCCUGUCUGAGGUUACAGAAGAGCUAGAAAAGGUAAAACAAGAAAUGGAAGAAAAAGGCAGCAGUAUGACUGAUGGUGCUCCUUUGGUGAAGAUUAAACAGAGCUUAACGAAGCUAAAGCAAGAAACUAUUCAGAUGGACAUUAGAAUCGGUGUUGUGGAACACACAUUACUCCAGUCAAAACUGAAGGAGAAGUCCAACAUGACCAGGGACAUGCAUGCCACAAUCAUUCCAGAAUCUGCAAUAGGCUCUUAUUAAAACAUAUCGUUUUUCAGGCUUCUGAUUAGUUUUUUUAUAUCAAAUCAUAUUUCAUGUUGCAUAGACUUCAAAACACAGUUAUUCCUUUAAAAGCAUGUUGAACGGGUAUUUUUUACAUAUAUACACACAUAUUGUAUGUGUGUAUACAUACAAUGAUGAUUAUGGAUGGUCAAAGCCUUUGAAUUGAAUAUAAUAUUUAAUAAAGUAAUGAAAAAUUCUCACUUUCAAA